AUGGCGGUCCCCCAGCGGACGCUCAACUGGUUAUACUCAAUUCUGACUACAGAUCACCACGACCCUAAACAGACCUACCACGAUCCCAAUCGUGCCUACCACGACGUGGUCAAUGCGCUAGCCAAGUACCCUUCGCUCUCACCUCGAACCGAUGUCUACACCUACGAAAAUGGCUCCUCGGCGCUACUCCUCCAGGUGGUUGGCACGCUACCUGUCGUCUUCCGAGGCUCAACAUACCGCUUCCCUGUGACGCUUUGGAUUCCUAAUACUUACUCACGCGAAGCUCCAAUGGUAUAUGUAACACCACCGCAAGAUAUGGUGGUCCGCGUAGGGCAACAUGUCACGUUGGAAGGGCGGGUAUAUCAUCACUAUCUGGCACAUUGGGCCGAGACGUGGGAUAAAUCGAACAUCGCCGAUUUCCUUUCUAUCCUUCGUGAUGUCUUCGCCAAGGAACCUCCAGUCCGAUAUCGACAGCCACCUCAACUGCGGGCACAAAUACCCCCGCCAUUGCCUCCUCUACCACCUGGUAUGGGACAUUCACCGGCUCAGAACAAUGUGCAGUCCCCGGUAUUGAUCAGCCAAGCACCUCCACAGCUGCCUCCAAAGCUUGAAGCAGGGUCAUCGCAGCCUCGUCCCCAGCCCCAGCCCCAGCCGCCGACGCAGAUAGCGGAACGAUACCAGUCACCUCCCCCGCGUCCACCACUACCUCCGCACCUAUCAAAUGAACAUAGACAAGCCUCCCCGUCAAGUUAUAUGCAUGAGGACAAUAGAGGCAGUUGGCCCAGUCAACAAUAUGCGCAUGCGCAAGCUCCGUUGCCGCAUCCCAUGCCACAAGGCGUUCAGCCUCCAGCAAUGUACAACAGAUCUAACACUGGACCAGUUGGCCCCAUCAACAGUCCCCAGCACACACCCCAUGGAUUGGGAUCCGGACCAGUGUCCGUACAACACCAGCGAACCUCGUCUCAAUACCUCGGAUAUCAACCGCAACCAGGACCCCCAUACCAGCAAUCACCUUAUCCACAAAACUACCAGGACUCAGCAGCAGCAGCAGCACCCAAACCGAAGACAGAGACGCCCGACCUCCUCACAUCACCCUUCGAGCUUGAGCUUCCCUCAUUCACACCCUCGGGACCAGCACCACCAAUCCCACCAAAUCCAGAAAAGGACGCUCUUCUCCGCGCAGUCUCCAAAGCCUUAGCCGAGAAUCUACAAACGCAAGCUUCGCAAUCCGAAAUAGCAGCCCAGUCCCUCAUCUCCCAGUCCCAUUCUCUUCAUGCCGCAAUGGCAACCCUCCAAGGCGAAAUCGCCAUCCUAAACAAUCUAAACGCAACCCUGCAAUCCAACACAGCAACCCUCCAACACUCCAUCCAACGCGCAGACGCAACAAUAGCAGACGCCCAGACCCGCUCAGCAUCAGGCUCAGCAUCAGCAUCUGCCCCUUCCUCAACAGUAACAUCUUCAGCAGACAUCUCAUCCGGCCUCCCUCCAAUCGAUGAGGUCCUCGUCGCCCCAACCGUUGUAGGCAAACAACUCUACGACCUCGUCGCCGAGGAACAGGGCCUGCAACAUGCUUUGUACGCUCUACAGUCUGCGCUGGUCCGCGGCGUUAUCGGUGUUGACUCCUGGUCAAGACAUACGCGCGGUUUGGCCCGUGAAUCAUUUCUGAAACGCGCGCUUAUCCGAAAGAUUGGGCGUGGCAUGGGUCUUGAGGAGUCUGGGCAGGCUUAG